GUGAAUCGGAAGUGACGUGCUGUCACAUAACGGUGAAAUUAGGCAGCGGCGACGUUGACUGAAGAACCUGACCUUCUCACUAGUGAAUCCCUACCCACACGCUGGACCCUUUUGAGAGACCCCUACUCCAUUCCAAGCAUGUCUGACUCGAAAGUUACGCCUAAUCGCGAAAGAGCCAUGUCUGGCACUAUUCCCUCCAUGGAGUCUUCUCACGAUGAGCUUGGUGAGAACACCAUCAUCGUCGUCUUUGGCGCCUCUGGAGACUUAGCGAAAAAGAAAACCUUCCCUGCCUUGUUCGGUCUCUAUCGCCGGAGGCUACUGCCCCGAGGUGUCCGUAUCGUGGGCUAUGCGCGGACCAAGAUGGACCUCGCAGAAUUCCACAAGAGAAUACCUUCCUACAUCAAAAAUGCGGACAACGAGGAAAAUCGGGCAUUGAUAAAAGAGUUUACUGGCAUCUCCACAUAUGUUUCUGGCCAGUACGACAAAGACGAGAGUUUCCAAGAGCUGGAAAGGCACCUAGUUGAAAUUGAGAGGAACUAUCAGACAAAGGAGACGAAUCGUUUGUUCUACUUCGCUCUUCCGCCUAGUGUCUUUACUCCGGUCUCUCAGCACGUCAAAAGGAACAAUUACCUCAGGAAGGGCAUUAAUCGUCUCAUCGUUGAGAAGCCAUUCGGGAAGGACUUGCAUUCCUCGAGAGAACUCAUGAGCGCCAUCAAGCAGGACUGGAAUGAAGAGGAAAUCUUCCGAAUUGACCACUAUCUUGGAAAGGAAAUGGUGAAGAACAUACUGCUCUUCCGCUUCGCCAAUAUUGCUUUUAGCGCUGGCUGGGACAAACACUCGAUCUCUAAUGUGCAGAUCAGCUUUAAGGAACCUUUUGGUACGGAAGGCCGUGGUGGAUAUUUCGACGAGUUCGGAAUCAUUCGAGACAUUAUUCAGAACCACUUGCUUCAGGUUUUGACAAUUAUUACCAUGGAACGCCCAGUGUCAUUUAGCGCGGAAGACAUCCGAGAUGAGAAGGUCAAAGUUCUGCGAGCGAUCCCCCCCGUUACCCUUGAAGACACUCUUCUUGGGCAAUAUGUCGGUGCCAAUGGGAAACCUGGGUAUUUGGAUGACGACACUGUCCCUAAAGGGUCUGUUUGUCCUACGUUCGCGGCCUGUACACUUCACAUAAACAACCCUCGCUGGGAAGGUGUCCCAUUCAUCCUCAAGGCAGGGAAAGCUCUGAACGAAGCAAAGGUUGAGGUUCGAAUUCAAUAUCGAGAUGUCACGCAGGGCAUCUUCAAGGACAUUGCUCGAAAUGAACUCGUAAUUCGUAUCCAGCCUUCUGAAGCCAUCUAUAUAAAAAUCAACGCCAAGACACCUGGCUUCGAUACGAGGGCUUUUCCCACCGAGAUGGACCUUACCUACAAGCGGAGGUUCACAGAUACCACGAUCCCUGAGGCUUACGAAGCGCUUAUCCUCGAUGCCUUGCGAGGUGACCACUCAAAUUUCGUUCGCGAUGAUGAGCUUGAUAGUGCGUGGAAAAUAUUUACACCAAUUUUGCACCGGAUCGACAAGGGGAGCGCUAACCUGGAAGAAUAUCCUUAUGGAUCUCGAGGACCAAGUUCACUCGAUGCCUUCAUCGCGGCGCGCGGCUAUAAACGUGCCCCCGAUGCGUAUUUCUGGCCUACCACGAGCCUUGCUUCGCUUUAGGCGAACUUCACUGUUGCGUACGCUGGCAUAGAUGGCUUUAUUCAUUGCUUCAUUGCUGCAUUUUGCGUCCGAGCUUGUUGACCCGGCCAAAGCCUUCC